GCGGCCUCUCCGGGCUUGUGCGCUGCAGCCCCACAGCCCGCUUGCCAAGGCGAAACCUGGGGUGCGGGUGGGGGUGGAGUCUGAAGUGUUUCCUUUCUCUGGGCUUCUCCCCUCGUGAAUCCGAAAGGAACACGACGCCACAAUCCCCGAGUUUGAGCUCUGCCCUGUUCGGUUUGACCACUCCCUUGCCGCCGCUACAGAAGUAGGUCCUGUGAUUUACCUGUUUGAGGAAGGGCGGCUAUUUCUAGGCUGCUCCUCCAGUCAUCAGCAGUGGCAGAGUGAGGAGAGCUAUCGGAUAGACUUGCUGCCUUCACCUUGCUCCCAGGAGACUUAUUCCCCUCCCCACUUAAACUUUUGCCCUGACUUGCUUAAGUGGAGGGGUCAUAUGAAAAGCCGUAGCUAUCUCUUUCCUCAAAGCUUUGGUGAUGUCUCACCUCAUUACGAAUAAGCCGGAAGUUCCUGUGUAUGCUGGCCCUCAAAGUAGGAAACUAAGGGCCCCCGAAUAUUCUGAAAGGUAUGAAACACCAAAGAGAGUGCUGAAAAUGGAUUUAUUGUCAUCUACCUUCAGUUCUCCUAAUGAUCCAGAUGGACAGAAUGAUAUCUUUUGGGAUCAAAAUUCUCCAAUGACAAAACAGUUAGGUAAAGGAAGAAGAAAACAGAUUUACACUACUGAUAGUGAUGAAAUCUCACAUAUUGUUAAUCGUAUUGCUCCUCAGGAUGAGAAACCAACAACAAACUCCAUGCUAGGCAUGUGGAUUGGUGCUUCUGCUAUUCCUUGUACUCCUAGUGUAGCAAAAGGCAAAUCAAGAGCAAAAAUCAGCUGCACAAAGUUGAAAACACAAAAUCAAGAGGAAGAACUUAUGAAAUUGGCUAAGCAAUUUGAUAAAAAUAUGGAAGAGCUAGAUGUGAUUCAAGAGCAAAAGAAGAGAAAUCAUGAUUUUAUCCAGACAAUUUCAGAAGCAGAGACUUUAAGUAAUUAUAAAGAUAAUGUACAGAUGCAGUUAUUACAUGAUAUAGUUCCAGAAAUAGAUAAUGCUAUAAUGAAGAACCCAAUGGAAGAAAACACCAAAAUGUCUGUGAUAAAUGAUCAAAAUAGCAGUCAGAAGCCAUUUGACCAAAAUGCUGAAGCAGCCUUUAUUGCCAUUUUUGAUGGCUCUACUCAGAAAUGUAGUGGACAGUUCAGCCAAGAUCUGUCAGAUGCUUUUUUGAACACAAGUAAUACUACCUUUGGAAAGAAAAGCGCUUUGAAAAAGGAGAAAAUCAUUACUAAUGAAACUCUGGUCACUGAAAAACUGCCAGAUAAAACCCCAGGAUCACUUUCUUGUCAAGUAGAUACUCUUGGAAUGACAAAUCCAUGUGUGACUUCUUACACUGAGAAGCCAGAAGCUUUUAAUAAACACCUUGAUGCAUUUCCUACCAGUGAUUUUGAGGAUGAUUGGGAAAACUUACUAAAUAAUGAACCUUUUGUUAUGCAAAAUGUCAAAAUGUAUGAACUUUCCCCAGCUCCUAAAACAGCCCAGAUUGCUGAUCAAAAGAGUAUUUGUAACUUUAACAAUAAGUGUGAUAAACAUAAGUCAAGAAUGAAUACAAACCUAGGUGCCAAGUUAAGGGAUUCAAAAAUUGUACAAGAUCUCCCUUCAAAGACACAUAACAAGGAAUUAAUAGAUUCUGGAAAAUACAGUUUUUCACUAAAUCCAAAUGAUGAACCAAACAAAUUGCCAUCCAGUGGAUAUAUAAUGAAACUUGAGAAAUCUUUCAAUAAAAUUGUUCAAGACUGUUCAGUUGCAUCUAAUCUGACAAAAGUAAAAGAAGAUAUGCAUACUAAAUUUACUUCUAAUGUAAAUACUUUUGAAAAGUCUACUUUGAACACAGGAUAUUCUAAUGAACAAGAAAAUAAGUCCAUUUUUAAUCAGUCUUUUAAAGCACCUGCUAAUAUAAAUCCUUUUGGCUCUGCAACUUUGGGCAAUGAAACCAGUGUUUAUAAUACAAAUCAGACUAAUGCAUCAAAGUUAGGUUCUUUCUUUGAUGACUGGAAUGAUCCAUCAUUUGCCAAUGAAAUUGUUAAAGCAUGCCAUCAAUUAGAGAAUACCUGGGAAGCAGAUGAUGUAGAUGAUGAUUUAUUAUACCAAGCAUGUGAUGAUAUUGAAAGACUAACUCAGCAACAAGACAUUAGAAAGGGCAGCAAGAUACCAGAAAGUACACUUGAGAUCAAUAAUAGUUCCAAACAUGGAGCCAAAAACAUAUUUACUACAUCUAAACAAGAAAGUCAGUUGGUACAAUCAAAACAUUUGAAUCUCAGCAGCACUUCAGGGCACACAUCUUUCACAAAUAGCUCACAAUUAAAUAAACCAGUGAAGAUGGAUAAAAGGGAAAUCUGUGGAAAUUCUCCAAGUUUUUUAGGUGCUACAACAAAUUUGACAAUAUACUCCAAGAAAUCAAAUUGUCAUAUCAAUAAUCUGCAUUUCUCCUGGAAUAACACUGAUGUUCCAAUACAAGUGAAAAGUCCACAGUCAGUUCUUACGGGAAGUUCAAGUUUGAAUGUGAGUUCAGAUUAUAGGAAUACAGAAACUGCUACUUAUAAGAAGAAAUUAAGUACUCAGCAUCUGUGCCAUAGGAGCACAAGAGAUGGAGAUCAGAGUGGCCUUAACAGAACAGUUAGGUUUCCUAAGUAUACAUUUACAAAGAUGAAAAAUUCUCAAAUUCUUUCCCAGUUUAAUCAAAAUUGUCUACCAGGAAGUAUUUCUGAUACCAAAAUUACACAGGGUUUGGAGAAAAAUAAAACUCCUGUCCACUCGUUUUGUGGGAGGGCUAUUCAACAACAGUGUUUGGUGAAACGUUCUGAAUCUUUGAAACAACCUUCAAAAGAGGAAGAAGAGAAAAAUAAAAAAUAUUCUCCUGAAGAAAUUCAAAGAAAAAGACAAGAAGCACUGGUUCGAAGAAUGGCCAAAGCACAGGCAUCAUCUGUAAAGGCAGCUCCCACUUAACUUGAUUUCUUUUAUGAAAUAUUUGGAAGACUUAACAAAGACAGUUAAUAACUAUCUAUGAUAGGGAAUAUUCUUUCUUGAUUUCUCUGUGAGAAAUUUAAUGCUGAGUUAUAAAGCAUGGACUUCUAUUUUAUUUAAUAAAUCAAUGUUUGCAGUGGUUAAUGAAACCUUUCCUUGAAGAGGUAUGUGAAAGUAAUUGCAUAUACGUUUUAGAAAUUCAGGAAAGUUAGUAAUUAUGGUAUAAAAUUAUACAGAAUAAAGGAGUUAUUUUUUCAAAUAUUGUGGAUCAUCCAAAAAUAGAUAAUUUGCUAAUUUUUUUAUUGCAAUAACUUCCUAAUACAAAGCUUCAUCUUACUAAGAAAUGAGACUUUAAAAAAAUUUUUUUUAAUGUUUAUUUUUGAGAGACAGAGUGCGAGCAGGAGAGGGGCAGAGAGAGAGGGAGAUACAGUCUGAAGCAAGCUCCAGGCUCUGAGCUGUCAGCACAGAG